CGAUGUUUUCCCUUGCACAGACAGCCAGGUGCGCUGCGUCAUCAUCGUUGCCCACCAUGAUGAGAGUUCGGCCAUGCGCAGUCUCCACGGCCGGACUUUCGGCCUCAAGAUGGUUUGCCACAGCUGCUGCGGUAAGCAGGGGCAAAGAUCUGCAUGCGCAUCUACCCAUUUGUAACUUGUGUGUGUCUAUACCACAUCAGAAUCCCAAGGUAUGGUUUGACAUUUCCAUCGGCGGGCGUGCCAUGGGCAGAGUCACGUUUCUUCUCUAUGCGGACGUCGUGCCCAAGACCGCAGAGAACUUCCGGGCCUUGUGCACUGGCGAAAAGGCAAGUGCACAAAAGAAAUCCAAUUUGUGUUGGGGAUGGCUCAGCGGUUGGCUGGUGUGUGCGGCGCUUACAGGGAAAGGGUCAAUCUCAGGUGCCCCUCCACUACAAGGUCAGGGCACAGAUGAUGUAUGUGUGUAUGUCUUGGCUGCCUGUGUAUCCGUCUGUCUGUCGGUCGGUCGGUCGGUCUGUUUGUCUGUGUCUGCAGGGAAGCUACUUCCACCGCAUCAUUCCCCGUAUGUCACACACAAGGCCAGCAAAGGCGACAUCUAUCGCAUUGGAUGGACUGCUUGGACAAUUGCAUGUCUUGCACGUGUCUUGCUUGCAUCGUAUGCUUACCCGUCUUGGGUAUCGUCACCAGACUUCAUGUGCCAGGGCGGGGACUUCACCGAGGGCGACGGGCGGGGCGGCGAGUCCAUCUACGGCAUGAAGUACGUACCAAUCAAUACUCUCGCACAUGCAUGUCACCCUUGCACAGCACACCGCACACAUGCACCCAUCGAUGGCUGGUUGUCUUUGUUUCUCCGCAGGUUCGCGGAUGAGAACUUCAAAAUCAAGCAUUCGAAGAAGGGCCUGCUGUCCAUGGCCAACGCCGGGCCCAACACAAACGGUGAUCAAUGCAAUGCCACAAAGCCAGGAGCGAGCACCCAUGUGUCUUGUGUGUCGUUCAUGGAUUCACCUUCUUGAUUCGUGAUUGAUGUUCAUUCAGGUAGUCAGUUCUUCAUAACGGUAGACGAGACCCCCUGGCUGGACGGCAAGCACGUGGUGUUUGGCGAGGUGACCGAGGGUUACGACGUGGUGCAGCAGAUGGAACGAGUCGGCACUCGCAGCGGCACGCCCACGCAGAAGGUCCAGAUCGCCGACUGCGGACAGCUUUGAUCCAAGAGGGAGG